AAACCACGCCUAUAGAGGCCCACAAUUGGUCCAGAAAGCGUAAAAUCAGCAAUCAAAGGGGCUUGGUUCAUUAGUGUUGGGCUAGGAGAAGGGAGGACAUGUGAGAUAGUCACAGAUCUGCAGAAGACGUAGCAGGACCUAAGCCUUGCCGCUCCGCGUCUGUGUCGAGUGAUUACGCCUGGAUGGGCGACUGCGUCGAAAGAGUCGUCUAGUUUUUAUAAGAACGACGGUCGCAGAAACGGAAUCCUCAAAUCUUCUCUCAAAGUGUGGCUGCGCUCACUUCGACUGGUAAUAUUAGGAAACUUUCGUGGAAGCAGCCUCUGCGGGGAUCGAAGUGGUGGUUCUCCGCCGUCCUGCUCGCUUUAGGCGUCAGUCCGUCGCCCUUUCUCAGAACAUACUUCGCACUGUAGUCGAAAUUGCCUCACUGCGCUUCUGCCUUCCCUAGCGAGACGACAGUGCAUUUAUUUGGAUACGCGCUGCUUUGAGAGAAGACCUCACUGAAUAUCAAAUUUCCUCCUCGAUUUUUUGGAUGCACCGAUGAGAGAUCCAGUUUUUUCAGGGACUGCCAUGGCUUACCACCCUUUCCACGCUCACCGGCCCACCGACUUCCCGAUGUCAGCUUUUUUAGCGGCCGCUCAACCCUCCCUCUUCCCCGCGUUGGCACUGCCUCCCGGAGCCCUCACUAAGCCGAUCCCGGACCACGCUUUGGCCGGAGCCGCCGAGGCAGCGCUUCAUCCCGCUUUGAGCCACCAUCACCAGGCGGCUCACCUUCGCAGCCUCAAAAGCCUAGAGCCGGAGGAGGAGGUCGAAGACGAUCCAAAAGUUACACUGGAAGCAAAGGAUCUAUGGGACCAGUUCCACAAAUUGGGAACAGAGAUGGUUAUUACAAAAUCUGGCAGGAGAAUGUUUCCGCCUUUUAAGGUCCGAAUAAACGGACUCGAUAAAAAAGCCAAGUACAUCCUCCUAAUGGAUAUCGUUGCUGCCGAUGACUGUCGCUAUAAGUUCCACAACUCCCGCUGGAUGGUAGCCGGCAAGGCGGACCCGGAGAUGCCCAAGCGAAUGUACAUACAUCCGGAUAGCCCCGCAACAGGAGAGCAAUGGAUGGCAAAGCCUGUUGCUUUCCAUAAACUGAAGCUGACAAACAACAUUUCGGACAAGCAUGGAUUUACUAUACUGAAUUCAAUGCAUAAAUACCAACCUAGGUUCCAUAUCGUGAGGGCCAAUGAUAUUCUGAAGCUUCCCUACAGCACGUUCAGGACGUACGUGUUUCCCGAAACCGAGUUCAUUGCUGUCACGGCAUAUCAAAAUGACAAGAUAACACAGCUGAAAAUCGAUAAUAAUCCCUUUGCCAAAGGCUUCAGAGAUACGGGGAAUGGAAGGCGAGAAAAAAGGAAACAGCUAACUCUCCCCUCAUUACACAUGUAUGAGGUUGGUCAGUGCAAAGUGGAUCGAGAUGGUGGAGACUCUGACGCCUCUUCAAGCGAGCCUGCUUCCGCACGGGACACUGGACACUCACCUGUCGAACCUGCGUCCAGCCCGCUCAGAUUCACUCGAGGAAGCAGAGAGGAUAAGAUUUGCACUGACAGUGAGCAUGAAAUAGACCACCAAGACGAACGGCACGCAGGUUCCAGCAGUCCUGGAAAGAAGCCCCCAUCCCCGUUCAGCCCCAGAUGCGAGGAGAGGGCGAGGGAAAGGCUCAGCCUGGAGAAGAGGGCGGACUACGCAGACCCCAGAAAGUCAAGCGAUUCCAUAUUCAACAUGGGGAACCCAGACAAAGACAAACUGGACAAUAAGCACAAGAAGGGAACCGAGUCGUCGAAGAAGGAGACGGAUAAUGGGGGUAUCAGUGGACAUAAAGACAGCUUUUCCCCGCUAAUGGUACAGACAGAGAGUCCCUCGCAUUUUGGGGCAGGACACUUGCAGAGUCUGGCCCUGUCGGGACUUCACAGUCAGCAGUUCUUUAACCCGCUGAACUCCGGCCAGCCCCUGCUGUUCCACCCUGGGCAGUUUGCUAUGGCGCCGGGGGCCUUCCCAGCCAUGGGCAUGGGACACCUUCUGGCCUCAGUAUCAGGAGCGAGCGGUUUGGAGAAUGGCAGUCUGCCCGUGCAGGCAGCAGGCAGCGCUCUGAGCUCGUUCCCCUUCCAUCUGUCUCAGGGCAUUCCCAUGCCGCCCUUCGGUGGGCUCUUCCCGUAUCCGUACACCUACAUGGCUGCAGCAGCCGCGGCAGCCUCCGCCCUCCCCACCAGCAGCUCCGCCUCGCCUCUUUCCAGGAACCCGUUCCUGAGCGGCUCACGCCCCCGGCUGCGUUUCAACCCCUACCAGCUCUCUGUGUCUAUUCCUCAAAGCACAAACCUCCUCACCACCGGACUACCAGGAGGCCUGAACCUCUCAUCGGAGUCCUCGAAAUCCGGCAGCAGGGAGACAAGUCCCGUGCCCGAUCAGCUUAACCACAAAGCCGGGUCCAGCCAGAGGAACGGCUCUCCCAAAACGACGCUGAAGGAAUCCAUUAACGAACUCCAGAACAUUCAGAGACUAGUCAGCGGCCUGGAGAGCCAGCGUGAGGCGUCCUCACCCAGGGAUUCGCCAAAGUGAUGGAGCGUCCCCGAACCUAUCCAGGGCAUGACUUGAAUUGCCAGAGGAUGUUAAGUGGCUCUCUGAAGGAUGUUGGUGUACUUUUGUUUUUACGCAUGGGCGAUCACAGUGGCAAUAUCAAACAAGAGAAAAACUAACAACCAAAAUGCUCUGUUGGAUAAGAAUUAACUGGGUGCUCUUGUUGUGGAAACUUGAACAGAUCUAGAAAAUGCUGCGAAGACAAUCUGAAAUAGCCUGUAGCCUAACGGAACGGACCCAACGCAACAGUUGCUGACAACCUCAUCAAUCCUCAUCAUGGAAAGAAAAACACAAAAAACAAAAACAAAAUGCAACUUUGGCAGAAUGUCUUUAGAAGGUGAAAAUAUCCCUGCUGGCCACAGAGUCAUGGAGAGACAUCGUUCAAACGACACUUGUAAACUUUAAAUCAACCAAGCUACGUCCCCCAAAAAAAAAGAAAAAAGAAAAGAAAAGAAAAAAAGUGUAUUUCAAAAAGGGAUUGAGAAGACAGCCUGUGGGCUGCUUAUGAUAUCCCACAGACAGUUAAACGUGAACUAUUUAUGUAAUUAAAAGAAAAGUAAUUCUGUAAAUAAGCUAUAAGGAUCCAAUAAUAUGCAAAUUGGUAAUAAUUUAUUCAAAGCUGUACAUUUGCGUGUACAUAAUAUUUAGAGUUUAACUCAUUGCCUUUUUCAUUUUACAUGAGCGUAUAUUGUAAAUGAAAGCUACUUAAUAGCGCUUGUUGGGUUGAAGCAGAGACGUCUGCCUGUGUCGCGCGAUGAAAGCGCGUGCCACCGCCGCGUGGUAGCCAGGGGCUGGAAGACGCUUCGCGCGAGGAGGCCGUCAGCCUCGCAGCGAGCUCGAGGGGCGCGCGCAGGGCUUGGAGAGCCCCGGGUGGUUUCACUCUCAGCACGGAAGAGCGCGACAGUCCUCCACACGGGGCCAGAACUCAGUAUGAGCGUGGUGCGUUUGCUGGGUGUCAAAUUUUUUGUUGUUGUUGUUGAAUUCUAUCACAGUUUCAAUAAAAUGUGUUGAAAUAA